AUGCGGCUGAACAGCACAGCGGGACGAGGACGACGAGCUGUCCCCGAGAAUAGAAGUUACUUAGACCAGGCAUGCAUCAUGAAGCUGCUGCUGCUGCUGGGCAAUGAAACAGCAAUAAGGACAACGCAAUCGCCGCAGCCGCUACUCCAUGCGAGGUCCUCGUGCUGUCUGCUCCGUAGCUGCCCUUGGUCACGGACGCUGAUCAGACCGCUUGCGCUUGUCGAUCGCCAGGCAAGGAUAAGAGAUGCGGUUCGAGAAUCAUGCUGGCGUUCGAGGAAACCAAAACGGGAAACCGCCGCGCGACCAGGCCGAGACUCCGCGCAGCGCAUAAAGCAGAAAUCGCAGUUCGGUCACUUCUUGCCACGACAAUUUCCUGCUUCCGAGAAGAUGGUGAUCGAUGGCGCAAGCGAGAGGCGGUUGCUCGGGUCGGUGCGCUUCUCAACUUACUUAGUUGUAUCUGUCUAUGUAGUAAUUGACCGCAAAAGCGCCGCAGUGGUCACACACACGCUCGAUGGGACUACAGGUACGGAGAGUGGUCAAUUGUUUGCGGCUGAGUGCAGGACCAUAUCAUAA